AUCUGGAAUCAUCAACGAAUCUGUACGAUUUUAUUCCCCUUCACCCCAAACUAAACGAUUCUAUUCCCCUUCACCAAACUAAAUUAACGUUUAUGAUCAAAUCCAGAACAAAAUUCCGGUUGUCAUCGCUGAACUUAACAUGAUUAAAUUGGAAUUAUAAUACUAAGUCACUGCUAUUUCUUGUCCUCAUUUAACUCAAGCUUCGAAGCGAAUUGUGAAAUCCUCAUACGAAGUUCAUAUUGUAUGAUAAUUGAUAAUUUACUCACCCAAAAUCGCGAUUGAAUGACGAUGGCUUCUUCUCUUUGUGCCAUUCACCCUUUCUCGUCGUGUUCUUUUCGUGAUCCGAGAUUCCGCCAAUCGGAUUCGCGUUUUACAGCAACAUAUUUCACCUUUGCUUCUUCCGCCAUUCCUAAUUCUUCUUCUACUACUCUAAAUGGUCGAUCUAGCCUCGAUUUCUCCAUCCAAAAGUUAAAUCCUAAUGUGGGUCCUCGGAGAAUAAGAUCAGCUGUAGCUGCUGGACCUUUGUUCUUCCCGGAGAAUCCCCUCGUCGGGGAUAUUUUCGCCAUGGUUUUCUCCGGCUGCUUUGCACUAUCUAUACUUCGAAUUUAUGAAGAAACUGCAAGGAGAGGCGUUUUUGACCAGAAACUAAAUAGGAAGCUUGUACAUACAACGAUUGGGCUGGCAUUCAUGUUAUGCUGGCCUCUCUUCAGUUCAGGUCGUCAAGGGGCAGUUAUAGCAGCUCUUAUUCCUGGGGUCAACAUAGUGAAAGUGCUUCUCAUAGGACUUGGUAUAUGGAAAGAUGAGGCAACUGUAAAAUCUAUGAGCAGAUAUGGAGACUACAGAGAACUAAUUAAGGGACCAUUAUACUACGCUUCUACCAUCGCUUUGUCUUCAAUAAUCUACUGGAGAACAUCCCCCAUUGCAAUUGCUGCAAUUUGUAAUCUUUGUGCUGGAGAUGGUUUGGCUGACAUUGUUGGAAGGCGAUUUGGAAAGAAAAAGAUCCCUUAUAACAAAGACAAAUCUUUUGCAGGAAGCAUUGCCAUGGCAGCUUCCGGUUUCAUUGUGUCUCUUGGGUACAUGCAUUAUUUCUCCAUGUUUGGCUACUUUGAAGAAAGUUGGGAAAUGAUAUUGGGGUUCUUGAUUGUUUCAAUUGCUAGUGCAUUGAUAGAAUCCCACCCUAUAAGCACCAAAUUUGAUGACAAUCUCAUGGUGCCACUCACAUCUUUCUUCCUGGGAACUUUAGUUUUCUGAUAUGGUUGACUUUACUUACCCUGUUAUUAGUUUUAGGACUAAAUGCAAGAAAUAUCAAUGUACUUUCAUUUAAUUGUUUAUUGUAUUGUAACAUCCUACUUUCAUUUUUUUCUGUUACAACCUUGUACUUUGAAUGC